AUUUACCCCGGGGGGGGCAGUGUGUCUAUGUGCACGUGUGUUUGGAGUGUGUGUGCACGAGAAGUUUACCCCUGUUAUGUGUGUGUGUGUGUUUUGGGGGGUUAUCUUUAUCUUUGGGGGACAACUUAUGUGUGAGAGAUGCAAAGAGAGAGAGAGAGAGCGUACGUGUGUGUGUGUGUGUGUGUGUGUGUGUGUGUGUGUGUGUGUGUGAGAGAGAGAGUGAAGUUUACCCUGGAUGUGUGUGUAUUGGGGGAGGAGGGUUACCCACAGGUAACUUGUGUGUCAGAGGGAGAGACGUGUGUGUGUGCGUGUACAUGUGCAUAUGAAACUUAUCCCAGCUGUGUGUGUGCGUGCACGUGUUUAGAGUCCGUGUGCAUGGGCAUACAUGUGUGCUUGGAGUGUGUGUGUGUGCGUGCAUGCACAUGCAGGUGUGUAUGAGUGUGUUGACCAGGUUACGGUUAACUUUCGGGGUAGGUUAGUGAUAAAAGAGGCAGGAACAGGUCUGCAACCCACGACAGCACAAUCUAGAGUCUCACUUGUGCACACUCGAGAGGAGGGUGGCGCACAGGUUUCCAAAUUUCCCCCCCAGCCUAUGCCCGAUAUUUUAUAGGUGGCCAGUUUUAAUAUUCUAAUACAUGGUCUCUGAUUGAUUGGUUUUACUUAAAUGUCUGAAACUUUUGGAACUGGACUAAAGCAGGUCUCUUGGGGACUUGGAAGGUGCCAGUUAGUUGGGAAAUACUGAAUUGGGGGAUAUUAGAUUUAUAUCCUUGGGAAAGAGGGAGGGUUUCUUACCUCCUUUCCUUCCCCAUGGUGGAGGGUUAUUCCUAUUACUUCCUUACCUUAGUUUGUGGUCUUAGUUUAUGAGGCUGUCUUUGUUUUUACAAAUUAGCUAAGAAUUUUAACAACAAUGUAUCUACUAAAGGAAAAUAACAUGGAAUGUAUUUGGUUACGCUGUUCACUACUGCUACUCUUUUAAGAUAAAGCGUUGAUACAGUGUAUAUGCACUAUUUAAUGUGUGGUCUGCCCUUCUUUCCCUUCAGGGCUUUGUACUUUGUUUAAUUGUGUUUGGUGGCUUCCUUUAAUUGCUGACCAACUUAGUUGUUGCACCUGCAAAAGUUUGCACUUCUGUUACUCAGAAACAGGCUUUGGGGCGUCUGCUUAGUAGCACGUCUGGAGCUUAGCCUGGGCCCUUUGAAAAUGGUCAAGUCUGGCAGGAAGUGUGUGUGUGUGUGUGUGUGUGCGUGCGCGCGCGCGCGCGCGCGCUUGUGCACACACACACACAUUUGGAGUGUGUGCAUGUGUGCACGUGUUUUUGCAGGGAUGGGUGGAGAGUGGAUCAUGGCUCUGGGUCAGGCCCAGGCCCCACGCUGUCACUGCCCCACAACCCCGGUCCUGCCUACCCAUCCCGCUCCUGGACACCGCCACAGCCCCAACCCAUCUACCCUGCCAGCAGGCCUCCUGGGCCGGUAGAGCCUGCCAGCCCACCUGCCAGCUCCAUCUAGCAGCCCCGGCAGUGGGCGCGGGACAGACGGGCUCAGGACUGGGUAGGAUCAAUUAGCAUCUUCCUGGCCUCUUGCCCCUGCCACGCUGGUUGGCAUAAACAGCUGUGACAGGGACACAAGGCCAGGUUGGUACCCCCCUCCCUCCUGGCCCUUAACAGCUCACCAAAACUCCUUAAGUGCCCUCCAGUGCAAAUUAUUGCCCACCCUUGUUCUGUGCAAUCCUGUUCAUAAACCAACUGCCCUCUAUGUUACAACAGUUUGGUUUCGGCACCCCCAGGGUCUCUGUGUUUGCCUGUGUGAGUCAGUCUGCGUGCCUUUUUCUGUCAUGCAAUCAUGGAAAAUGAGUGUUGGAAGGGACCUCAAGGGGUCAUCUAGUCCAGCCCUCUGCUCCAAGCAGGUCUGUGUGUGCCUGUCUGUGUCUGUGCAAGCCCAUUUCUGUGCAUUAGUGCAUGACCCUGUGCAAGCCUGUCUGUUUGAGCCAGCCUGUGUGUACAUGUGUGUUUCUGUGCACGCCUGCAUCGGUGGGAAUCUGUCUGCAUCGUUGUGCCUGUUUGUUUCUCUGUGUGUGUGCACCUUUGCCUGCAUGUGCCUGUCUGCACUGCAUGUGCCUGUGUGCCCUUGUCUGUACAUGCAUGCAUCUGUGUCUGUGCUCACGUGUUUGUGUGGGAGUAGGUAUGCAUGUGCAUGUGUGCCUGUGGGUGUAUGGUAUAAAUCUCUUUCAGGCUUUUGCGGGUGAAGCCCCUCUCUGAGAUACUGUGAAAAGACCUGGUGUAGUGACUUCAGCCCAGCAAACUUUGAGCUACACACACACACGUAUAAUUUAUGUGUGUGUUUAUGUAGCCAGGAGCUCUGAUGCUGCCGGCAGGCCCCGCAUGUGAGAGGGGAGAGCAAGAGCACAGGCCCCAGGUGGGGUGAAGCGGAGGAGAUGGCUGCUGAGCUGGAGCCGGCGCCAGCCGCGGGCUUCCCCUUCCCGGUGCCGAUGCAGCCUCCUGCGCGGAUGGAGGAGCAGGACCCAGCGGGCCCCAAAGCUGGGGCGGGAGCUGAGGGAUCAGGGAGAGCCCCUCGUGUCGGGACAGGCGCCGUGUCCCCAAGAUGGGUGACACCACAACGGGUCAAGCAGGAGUUGCCGGAGAAGCCCAUCCGGUGCUGGCAGGUCGCAACCCACAGGCAGCUCGGGGACGUGGCCUUGGACCUGGAGGGACCUGGGGCAUUGCUGGAGCCUCUCCGCUCCUGGCUGGAGUGGCCUCAGCCCCGUCCUGAGCAUGUGCCCCUGGAGCAGGCAGGUUGGGGUGAAACCCCGGGGUCCCAGGAGGAGAUGUCUUGUGUCUGCAAACAGGAGUCCCCACCCCAGCAGGAGCCAGCAGGUGCAGAGACCCUGAGCACGGCGGAGAAGCAGCGUCCUGAAGAAGGGCCUGUAAAGCUGGAGCUGCGGAGGCCGUCCCCGAGAAAAUCAGGGGAGAGGGGAUUCUUGACACCUGAGCCGGGCCAAGUGCAUGAGGAGCAGAACAGGUGCCCACAGCAGAGAGAGAGCAUGGCUGUAAGCAAGCUCCGGGAGGCCUUCGACGACGUGGCUGUGUACUUCACGCUGGAGGAGUGGGAGCUGCUGGAAGCUGGAGACAAGGGGCUGUACCGGGACCAGAUGCUGAGGACUUACCAAGCCCUCGUUUCCUUGGGAUACCGGGGUCCCACACCAGACUUGAUCUGCCGCAUCCAGCGAGGGGAGAUGGAGCUCUGGGUCUGCGAUGGUAAUGAGGAGGAAGCUGGAGAAAGCUCGUUGUCUGAGGACAUUUCCCCAAGUGCUGAGCAGCAGCCUCCUGAGGAAGGGCCUGCCACGCUGAAGCUGUUUCUGGCCAGAAACCAGCUCCCCACCCAACAGGGACAGACAGCAGAAGAGACUCAAAGGAGCAGGCGAGGAUUUGAAGGGCAGACAGACUUGAAGACCCACAAAGGCAGCUGUCGCCAUACGUGCCAUCUCCACGGGCACCAGACAAAGUGCUUGGAGGAGCACCCGUGCCCAGAAUGUGGGAAGAGCUUCCUCUCCCUGAGCAAUCUCGCAGUGCACCAGGUCACUCACGCCGGGGAGCAGCUGUACCGCUGUGCCGAGUGCAAGAAGAGCUUCACCAAGUGGGAUCACCUCCAAAGCCACGUGUGCGUGCACGCAGGGGAGAAGCUGUUCUCCUGCCAGCAGUGUGGGGAGAGCUUCGCCAAGAGCUCCAUGCUCGUGCAGCACCUGCACGUGCACACGGGAGAGAAGCCCUUCUCGUGCGCCCAGUGUGGGAAGAGCUUCUCCAAGAGCUCCACGCUUACCAAGCACCUGCGCGUGCACACGGGAGAGAAGCCCUUCUCCUGCAGCCAUUGUGGGAAGAGCUUCACGCAAAGCUCCCAUCUCACCAAUCACCUGCGCUUGCACACGGGUGAGAAGCCCUUCUGCUGCAGCCAGUGCGGGAAAAGCUUCAGGCAGAGCUCCAACCUCAUCUAUCACUUGCGCAUGCACACGGGGGAGAAACCCUUCUCCUGCAGGCACUGCGGGAAGAGCUUCAUGCAGAGCUCCCAUCUCACCAAUCACCUGCGCGUGCACACGGGCGAGAAGCCGUUCUGCUGCUGCCAGUGCGGGAAGAGCUUCACGCAGAGCUCCAAACUCGCCAAUCACCUGCGCGUGCACACGGGGGAGAAACCCUUCUCCUGCAGCCAGUGUGGGAAGAGCUUCAGGCAGAGCUCCACGCUUACCACGCACCUGCGCGUGCACACGGGGGAGAAACCGUUCUCGUGCAUCCAGUGUGAGAAGAGCUUCAGCGACAGCUCGACACUUGCAUAUCACCUGCGUGUGCACACAGGUGAGAAGCCGUUUUCUUGCACGCAGUGCGGGAAGAGCUUCACAAAGGGUUACAAACUCAAGAACCACUUGCGCGUGCACGUGGGGGAGAAGCCUUUCUCUUGCACCCAGUGUGAGAAGAGCUUCACCGACAGCUCUAUGCUCACGAGUCACCUGAGAAUGCACACAGGGGAGAAAAUGUUUUUGUGCACCCAGUGUGGGAAAACUUUCACAAAGAGUUACACGCUCACACAGCACCUCCGCGUGCACACGGGUGAGAAACCGUUCUGCUGCAGCCAGUGUGGGAAGAGGUUCAGGCAGAGCUCCAACCUCACCUAUCACCUGCGCGUGCACACGGGGGAGAAACCCUUCUCCUGCAGCCAGUGUGGGAAGAGCUUCACACAAAGCUCCAAACUCACCAGUCACCUGCGUGUGCACACGGGGGAAAAACCAUUUUCUUGCACUCAGUGUGGGAAGAGCUUUACGCAGAGCUCCAAUCUCACCAAUCACCUGCGCGUGCACACGGGGGAGAAGCCGUUCUCCUGCAGCCAGUGCGGGAAGAGCUUCACGCAGAGCUACAAACUCACCAAUCACCUGCGCGUGCACACGGGGGAGAAACCCUUCUCCUGCAGCCAGUGUGGGAAGAGCUUCACACUGAGCUCCACGCUUACCACACACCUGCGCGUGCACACGGGGGAGAAACCGUUCUCGUGCACCCAGUGUGAGAAGAGCUUCAGCGACAGCUCGACGCUCACGUAUCACCUGCGCGUCCACACAGGUGAGAAGCCUUUUGCUUGCACCCAGUGUGGGAAGAGCUUCACCAAGAGCUCCAAACUUAAGAGUCACUUGCGCGUGCACAUAGAGGACAAGCCAUUCUCUUGUACCCAGUGUGAGAAGAGCUUCACUGACAGCUCGAGGCUCGCAAGUCACAUGCGUGUGCACAUGGGGGAGAAACCAUUCUCUUGCACCCAGUGUGGGAAGACAUUCACCAAGAGGUCAACACUCAUGCAGCACCAGCGCGUGCACACGGGGGAGAUGCUUUUCCACUGCAGCCAGUGCGGGAAGAGCUUCACUGAGAGCUCCAAACUCACCCGGCACCUGCGCGUGCACACGGGCGAGAAACCCUUCUCCUGCAGCCAGUGCGGGAAGAGCUUCACGGAAAGCUCCACGCUCAGGCAGCACCUGCGCGUGCACACGGGGGAGAAGCCCUUCUCCUGCACCCACUGUGGGAAGAGCUUCGUCGAGAGGUCCAAACUCAACAAGCACCUGCGGGUGCACACGGGGGAGAAGCCCUUCUCCUGCCCGCAGUGCGGGAAGAGCUUCACCGAUAGUUCGACGCUCACCAAGCACCGGCGCGUGCACACGGGGGAGAAGCCGUACCGCUGCGCCCAGUGCCAGAAGUGUUUCCGGCAGAGCUCUACGCUGAGAAAGCACCAGCAAACCCACGGGAGCAGGAUCGUUGCUCUGAGCGGGGACCAGUUUCCCUCAUCCCCCCUGGCCAGUGGGCAUGAGGGUCCUGCCCCUGGCCCGUAACACCCCCAGCUCCUUCCUAGGCUACUACCUGUGAUGCCUUCCUUUUCCUUCCUGGGGCAUUUGGGACAUCACCGUUGUCACCUCUUACUGGCCUUGGUUGCCUUGUCCAGCUCUGUGUCAACCACACCGGUCCCCCGUUCGAGUGAGGGGGUGGGUUUGGAUGAGACGCUCAAUAAAAGGAAUCUCCAUGA